AUGUUUCAAAACUAAAUAAUUCUGCCUUAAAAUCUAGGAUAAUCCAUUUAGUUACUCUUAAAAAUUUCAAUUAAUUCUGAUAGUUUAGUUUAAGAGAAAGCUUUAAGGAGAGUUAUCCUCUUAAUCAUAAUGCUAAAUAAACCUUCAUAGUUAUUUUAAGACCAGAGAGCAGAGUUUUAUUAAGAUAAGUUAAUUUGAG